UCACCCACGCCGCUUCCUGAUUGGUCGAGUUGGUUCCCCCAAUCAAUCCUCCCUAGGGUUUGGGCUGGCACGGCUGCUCCAUAAACACUCAGCUUCUGCGUCCGUUCUGUAAAGCUCAGCUUCUUUGUGCUCCGGCUUGCCCAGUCAAGCCUCAACCUCUCUCCAGUCUCCAGCAUUCCUCAGUGAUCACAUCUGUGUUUGCAGUCAUGGCCGCUUCUAACGACUAUGGCUCCUUCACUGCUUCGAACCUCGAGCGCGAGCCCUACUGGCCCGAGAAGAAGCUCAGGAUCUCCGUCACCGGAGCCGGCGGUUUCAUCGGAUCGCACAUCGCGCGCCGAUUGAAAUCGGAGGGUCACUACGUGAUCGCGUCGGACUGGAAGAGGAACGAGCACAUGACCGAGGACAUGUUCUGCGAUGAGUUUCAUCUCGUGGAUUUACGUGUCAUGGACAACUGUCUGAAGGUCACCAAGGGAGUGGAGCACGUGUUCAACCUGGCUGCUGACAUGGGUGGCAUGGGGUUCAUCCAGUCGAAUCACUCCGUGAUUCUCUACAACAACACCAUGAUCAGCUUCAACAUGCUCGAGGCUGCUCGUAUCAACGGUGUCUCUCGCUUCUUCUACGCCUCGAGUGCGUGCAUCUACCCUGAAUUCCGUCAGCUCGAGACUGACAACGUCAAUCUUAAAGAGUCGGAUGCCUGGCCUGCUGAGCCGCAAGACGCGUACGGUCUCGAGAAAUUGGUGACUGAGGAGCUCUGCAAGCAUUACACCAAGGACUUCGGCGUGGAGUGCAGAAUCGGCCGCUUCCACAACAUUUACGGCCCCUUCGGCACAUGGAAGGGUGGCCGCGAGAAGGCGCCAGCUGCGUUCUGCCGCAAGGUGCUGACGUCGAAGGAUCACUUUGAGAUGUGGGGCGAUGGCAAGCAGACGAGGUCGUUCACCUUCAUCGACGAGUGUGUGGAAGGCGUCCUCAGGCUGACCAAGUCGGACUUCAGGGAGCCGCUGAACAUCGGGAGCGACGAGUGCGUGAGCAUGAAUGACAUGGCGGGCAUGGUGAUGAGCAUCGAGCACAAGGACCUGCCCAUCGAGCACAUCCCGGGCCCCGAGGGCGUGCGAGGACGCAACUCGGACAACACAUUGAUCCGGGAGAAGCUUGGCUGGGCUCCUUCGAUGAAGCUCAUUGAUGGGCUCACAAUCACGUACAAGUGGAUCACGACGCAAAUCGAGAAGGAGAAGGCUAAGGGCACGGACGCGUCUGUGUUCUCCUCGUCGAAGGUUGUUGGCACAUCAGCGCCUGUGGAGCUGGGAUCACUGAGGAAGGCCGAUGGGGAGGAGUGAAAAACAGAUACGGUACUCAAAUACGUCUCUUACAGAUGUCUCUUCAGAUUUUCGCAAGUCUUCAUGCUGACACCAGGUUGACAGGCCUUUGCUGCAGUGACGCUGCCCUGCUUCCUUCUGCUCCAUAUUCUUUGCUUGUGCCCAAGCCCAUAAUCUUGCUCCUACUGUAGCAAUCACUGUACUUUGUCUAAAUCCAAUGCAAUACCUACAAACCAUUCUUGCGGAUAGGUUAGGCAGCUUCUUGUAGGCUCAACAGCAGAAAGUGAACCUGUAGAUAUUCCAUCUCACAGCAAAUUGUGCACAUACCCAUCACGUAU